AUGGAGGAUAAUCCACAAACAACUCGCAUCCUCCCUCCAUUAAAAUUUUCUCAACUUGUUCUCUCCCCAAUACAAACCUCAUGUUUCAUUAUAAUUGGUACACGAGAUGAGAUAUUGAAAUUCCUCGAAUCACAUGCGACUGUUCCCAUUUUGAUCGGAAUUCAUUUCACAGAUGAACAUGCACCAGAUAUUCAUACUGGCAUUCAAAAUACCAAGAUUAACGAUACCAUCGAUUUGUCCAAAAUUUCUCGUCCGAAAAUUAAAAUUUCCAUUGUACCCUAUACGAAAAGACCCAUUGGCCCCACUGCGCUGGGCAUUAACGUUUCAUUUAAUUGGUUGAAAGUGUGGCUACCUGGAUUCAAGUGGUAUGUGGAAUUUAGAUAUGAUGACUCUUCAUUACUGAACACCUCCACUUCGGGGGAAUAUCGCGAUGAAAUUGUUAAUAGAAGACUGAGAGAAGUGGAGGAUAAGGAAAGAUGGGAUGUAUGGGCGGAGAACGUUAAAGUGUGGAAUGUGAAUUCGGGGAUUCUUCUGGGAGAGGUUAAAGAAAUAAUAGAAAAGGAAAGUUGGCAUUGGUGCGGAUGUGCAUGA